GAUAAACAUUGCGCAUUCUUAUAUAACCAUCACGUAUCUCUCACGCGUAUUAUUCAUUGCCGCCAAAGUCUUUUAUCAUCAUUGAUGGUGGCGAAAGUCAUCGCCAGUCUGCUGCGUACAAUCGUAUGUGUAAAACUAUAUUCCUGCUAAAUCAACAACCGCUGAUUGAAGUGAAUUCUGCUUGUUAUUGAAUUUUUUACGCAUUCGCUUCCAUUUAAAAUGACCUGGGAAGGUUUUUCGUUUCUUUCUCAAGCUGCAACUAAUCCUGUUGAUCCACAGGUUCAGCUUCUGCCUUCUCAAGGAGUAUCGUCGGCGAUGGAUCAAUCAACUAGUAACAAUACAAAAGGUCUCUUAUAUGCAGCAGGAAUAGUAGCAGGAGGAAUAGCCAUAGGAUACUUUAUCGGUUACAAAUAUGCAAUGUCAAAAGCACGUAUCAACACAAAGCAUCAAUUGGCAAAUGAUAAGAUUGUGGACACUAUAGAUAUGGAAGAUAUUGGAGAGAAGAAAGUUUUUUGUCGCUGUUGGAAGAGCGAAAAAUUCCCUUAUUGUGACGGAGCGCACACGAAACACAACCAAGAGACUGGCGACAACGUUGGCCCACUAGUCGUAAAAAGUAAACAGUGAGAUCUGCAAAGGAGAGAAAUUUUUUGUUUUAGACCUGCACAACACUAACUUAUGUUUGUAAUUCAAAUUUGUUGACGUUCUUAGAUUCUUAGAUCGCUCACUUCCACAGGUUGGAUAGGUACAUGUUUUAUGCUGCGUUAUGAAUAUUGUUUUGACCAUAUUUUCCAUGUUAUCAGGGCCAACGCAUAUUGUAAUGAAACUUUUUCACAAUAAACUUCUGCCCCUCGUUU